AUGAGUAACGUGGCAAGGAUAGCAGAGAGCUGUUCUUCCGAUAGUGAUGAGGACCUUUACACUCACAGUAUAGACAUCAAGAAGGUCAGAGGUGUUGCAGCAAAUCAUAGCACUUUCUGUGGAGAUCAUCGAAAUGGCGAUAGUGGCAUUUCUCGAACACCGAAGCCAGAUAUUAUUGCGCUAGACGACGACGACUCUGAUUCAUUAGAUUUGUCAGAUCCAGAAAACAUAUGUCCAAAGAAAGCCAAAGAAUCCUCUAGGAAACGAAGGGAACGUAUGGAGCGGGAACAGUUGCAAGAGUUGGAGAAGAUUAUGCACGAGCCAAUAGUUGUAGAUAGAUUUGUUCCUGCGAAGACAAGAAAGAUUACUCCGCUUAUAGUUGAUUCUUCCCAUUCUUCUGAAAUUCUGAAUGACAGCAUAGAGUCAGUAGAAUCAAUAGCAGUAUUACCAUCAAAAAGCAAAGCGGUUGCUGAAGACGUCAUAGAUUUGGACAAGGAAGUUGACCUUUAUGUAACCGUUAACGUGGAUCACCAAGCGGGCAAGCCAGGGCGAUUUAUGACCAUCCGUCGGCUAGCCGUGGUUAAUGUAUUCUCCCUUAAAUCUGACUCCACAUAUGAAGAGGAUUAUGCAAGUGAUCCAAAUUUCAUAGCUAUAAAGUGUAUCUUCGCAAAUGGUCGACCUCGCUGUGUGUAUAUUAGUCUGACGGAGACCUUCUCUGAAGCAAAAAAGCGCAUUUCCAAGGAACUGAAACUGGCGAAAGCCAUAGCUAAGCUGGUGUUUGACAGCGAAGUUCUCAGUGAUGAUGACAGCCCAGAAUCUGUUGGAAUGGAAGCUGAUGAUGUUAUUGAAAUAUAUUUGAAAGAUUAA